CGUUGUUGUUUGUGAUUUACUCUUACAAGUAGCCAAGAUGGUUGUCAAUAAUCCUAACAACUGGCACUGGGUCGAUAAGAACUGCAUUGGGUGGGCCCGUGAAUACUUCAGGGAAAACAUUGUCGGGUUGAAAGGUGAAUCAGACGACAAUUCCACCGUGGCAACUGUUACAAGUGUUACGUCAGUUGAAGGAGAUGUAGUUGUUUCCCAGCGUAAAGGAAAGAUCAUUAGUUUGUUUGAUGUGAAGCUGGUGUUGAGCUAUGAGGGAAAAGUUGAUGACGUUGAUGCUAAGGGGACCAUUACAGUCCCAGAAGUUGCAUAUGACACCGAAGAAGAUGAGUACCAAUUUGACAUCUCUGUGUUUUCUGAAUCGAGCUCCAACAUAAAGAUCAGGGACGUUGUCAGACAAAAGAUUGUUCCACAGUUGAGAAAGGUCCUUGUGCAAUUUGGCAAGGAUUUGAUGAUUACACAUGGGUCUGAUAUCCAGGUAUCGUCUGAUAAAGUCACAUCUCAAUUCACCAAGGCAAACCAAGAGGAGAGUCUUCAGUUCGAAUCUGCCAAGAAGACUGAGAUUGAAAAACCAACGAUAGCCACAGCUAAAACAACUAUAGCUUCUGCUACAACCACACCGACUGGCUCAUCUCAUGUUCCACAAUACAAUACAUCAACUUUACACUUUGAGCCAGUUUUCAACACAACUGCAGAACAGAUCUACCUCACAUUCUUGGAGAAGAACAGAAUUGGUGCGUGGACCCGUUCCAACCCAGAAUUCGAAGGCGACAUGCUAAAGGAAGGCUCCGAGUUCCAACUGUUCGGAGGCGGUGUCUCUGGUAAAAUCACAAAGCUGGUACCUAAUGAAAAGAUUGAACAGGAAUGGAGAUUGAGAGAUUGGAAAACAGGUCACCAUGCAACCCUCACAAUCGACUUCCACCAAGGUGAUUCAGAUACAAAACUCGAUGUCUUGUUCAAAGGAAUUCCCGUUGGCGAGGAGGAUGCUGUCCAAGGGAACUUCGAGGACUACUACGUCAGAUCAAUCAAGAUCACAUUUGGAUUUGGUGCAGUUCUAUAAGAUUAGCUCUCCAUAGAAGUAUAUCGCUGUAUUGAAAACAUACAUCCGUACACCCAAACAUCCGU